CGGGUAGCCUACUAUUUUUGCCACAUGCUGUUCUCUCCGCACCGUAAUACAGGAAUCCGCCACGUCAUCACAUUCCCUCGCCGGUCCAUAAGGGCGAAACAGAAGGAAACCAAUUCCUGACCGCCAUGGCGUCCUCCGAUUGCCCUUCCCCGUCUCCUCGCCGCCGCAGCCUACGUAGGCUUCUGCUCCUCAAAAGUUCAUCAUCCCUCGCCGUAGAUCACAAUCAUCUCAUGUCGCCCUCCCUUUCCUCGCCACCGUCGGCUAAUUCGGGUGUAGGUAAGAAGAAGGCCUUCGGUUCUUCAGCUUUCUGUGGCCUUGGCUGCGCCUUCUCAGAUGAUUCUUCCGUCCACUCCUCGGAGAAUAGUGAUGAUAAGGGUUCUAAGCGUCGGAUAACAAAGAAGAUAAAGAAGGAGACGCGUGGGGAGCCAAUCUCGUCGAUCUCGUCUGUAUCGAGCGAUGAAUCUGCAGGGAGUGAUAGUCAUGGUGCCGAGAGGGCUUUGAGUGGGCGGCCAUUUUCUUGGAGAAGGGGUGGCAACCUAGAACUGAGAUAUUCAGUGGAAGAUUCUUUUUCCCCUUUUCAAGCGGCGGUCCUUGGAUCGGAUCCCAUUCCUCCUUGGCGUUAUCAUCGCUUGCGAGGAUGUUACCACCACCGUCCAGUUGAGAUUGAACAGCAGAUGAUGAAUUUCCACCUUAGAGUUGGGUCGGGAAGAGGGGAUGCAUACGACCGACACAGUGAUUGGCGGCUUGAUGUUGACAAUAUGACAUAUGAAGACUUGCUUGAACUUGGUGAUAAGAUUGGAUAUGUCAGUACGGGCUUGAGAGAAGAACAAAUUGCAUCCUGCAUUAUUAAAUUGAAGCCCUCAAUUUUUGAUAUCCAUAUCUCCACUGAGAAGGAAAGAAAAUGCAGUGUUUGUCAAGAGGAAUAUGAAAUAGAUGAUGAAGUGGGAAAACUGGGUUGUGACCACAGCUUUCACUUAGAAUGCAUAAAGAAGUGGCUUCUUCAGAAGAAUGCAUGCCCUGUCUGCAAGGCUGCUGUCAAGAAGUCCUAAUCCUGAUUCGAAUUGAUUUACGUUAUAGAAUUGGGCUUGCAGUGUAUAUAAUCUUUUCUGCUUUAUGUACAGCUACUAUCUGAAGUGUGGAAUCCAUUCUUUUUGUAGUCUGUGCAUUUUACAGAUUUGUUUAGGAUACAUUGUCUAUAAAAUUAGUCAUAUAACUGUUGUGAAU